GGGACUUUCAGUCUCUAUCAAAAAUGCGAUUAGCCCUUUUAGCUGCAGGGCGGGACUACACUGCGAUUUUCACGAGAGGAAAAUCUCCACCUUUUGUCAUUUCUCUGCUUAUAGUUUCGCGGCACUUGAUGUCCAAAAGCACGACCGCUCGCGUGAUACAAGAACUUGUCGGGACAGAUGAACACAGUUGUUUGAGAAAACAAAUGUACCAGUACUUGGGGUGAACUGUUUGCCUCGAUUUUAUUUUUGGCGUCCUCAAGCCCAGCCCUCAUCACAAAUGGAAACACAAGCAGUCGAAAAGCUUCCUGAUCCUCCUGAAGUAGUAAGUCAAAUGAUGCCAUUUUGCAGAAUGACAAAAACAGCUGCAUGUUCACCUCAUUUCUCUGGCUUUCUCCAACAGGUUUUACUUCCGGAAGGUUGGAAGCAGAUGCUGCCAAAAGAGCAGCAUCUCUGGGUCAGUAAGACCCUCUUCAGCAGAGAUGCACAUGGGAAGUUAAAGCUGACUGAACCUCUGCAGCUGUGGUGGUCACCUCCAGGACCCCAGUUGUUGUAUUUGCAGCUUCCUCCUUUUCCUGACCCGUUCUUUCACAGCAGGCUGUUCCUAUGGAUGCCCUGCCGCAUGUGGGCGUACAGGCUGCCGUGCACGAAGCCCAACUGCCGUCGUCUCGGCAAUCAUUUGAGGCCUUGCGGACUGUACAACACCGUCCGGAGGGUUUUGGACAUGAGCGGGUGGUAUUUCAUGGUCACGGAGUACCUGGAGUGCUGUUCCUGCAGGAAAAAGGUGGCAGGCUGGUCGCAAGAUAUUCUGGAUCAGUUGGAUCCCAUCCAUCGUGAGAAAUUCCCAGCAGUGUUGACUUACAGGUUGUCUUGCGAUAAGGAGCUUGUUAGACUGAUGCGGAGCCAGACACCAGGGAAGAGUGCGAUGUCGCUGUAUCGGCACCUUUGUGUGCGGCACAAAGAGCAGUGGAUGGCUCAGUCUGCAGAGUAUCUCUCUGUACUGGACAAGUUUCAAGAUCUCAGCGCUGUCACUGUCAGGCUGCCGCAGAUGAUGCCACUGCCUUCUCCAUCGGUGCUGUUGACGGUACAUGCAAAGGAUGUACUGACACGGCUCGGAGAAAUGAAGGCCAGAGUCACUUCCAUCUACGGCUCCAUCCUGAAAAUGGUCUCCACCAAGAAGGUCACUAAGAAACACGAUUCAGCUGUGUGGUCCACAAACGUGGGGAAUGAGAAUGGGCAGGUCUUAAUAUGUGUCCUGACACAAACAGUGGACGAGGGCCUGCUUCCAAUGUGCUCCGGCUUGAUGGAACGUUACCGGCGAGCCGGAAAGCCUCCUCCACAAGUCCUCUAUGUGGACCGGGACUGUUGUUCCACUACAGGCAAAAGCAAAGUGGGAGCCAUGUUCCAUGAGUGGGACCAGCUGGUCGUCAGACUGGACGCAUGGCAGUUUAUGAUGCGGUUUACAGCAGGCGUCACUUUAGAAAGCCACCCACUGUACGGCCCCUUCAUGGGACGGCUCUUCUCCUGUAUCUUUGAGUGGGAUGCUGAGGAUUUAAAAAGACUACAAGAAGCCAAACAACUGGAGCUGCGACAAACUAAAGAUGUCAAAGCAUCCAACAAUCCCACGGCUGAAGAGUUAGUACGGCACUGUCGCCACCAGACGCGUGAGUCUCAGGUGAUCAAGCAGCUCAUUCAACAGCUGUUAAAGGACUUCAUGGGGGCUACAGACUUCAUGGGCAACAAACUGUUGGACCAGGAGAGGAUGGAGGAAAUCUGGCAAGCCCAACAGUGCCAUCUUUUAUGCAUUCAGGACCCUCCAGGAGUACAGCUUUACACAAAGAUUGGAGAGGUGACCAGAGGAGGGCUCAUUCUGCCCCUGUAUCACUGUGCACGUGGCGUAGGAUCCCUCGAAUCAUUCCAUCAGCAUCUGAACCGCUUCAUUCCAGGUACAAGUACAAAUGACUUGCACUUCCAUAUUUACCUGCUAGAAGGAGUAGUGCAGUGGAACGAGGCCCGAUCUGUUGCUGUUGAUGAAGCCAGUCCACUGCAGCACUAUGUAAACCGUCUAAGCCAGAAGUUUUUAGGCCAUAAACUGGUUGAGGAUCACAACAGCCCAGGAGAGUACACUGGUGAGCUCAUAGGAGUGGAGUAUCUCUAUUCUGAAACCAACAGAGUGUUGGAGGUCGACUAUCUUAUGGAUCCCGAUGCUCCUGAUGGGAGUGAUGAGCAUCUGGAGGGAGACCUGGAAUAUGAGGAUUCGGACUUUGAUGACCUCAAAUCACCACAGUUCUUGGAGCUCAGCCUCAAACUACUUCAGCCCAUACAAUAUCAGGCAGCGCUUCUGCAAUCACCUUCCUCAGGCCUCUCAACAUCGCAGCCGGAUCCAAUCGUGUCUUCCACAUCUGGGCCAAUAAAGGAUGAGCCUACCACUGCAGACCAGUUCACGCCUCAGGGCAUCUCACAGGAGGAUGAUAAUGAAAAGUGCGUGGGGCCUGAUGGUGUUCCUGGGUAUGACCAUGUUAUUAACCUGGCCAACAGUCUGGUUGAGCUUAGAAAUCAUGGAUUUGUCACACAGCGAAAGGUGGAGGAGAUUGUCGCCCUGUGGGAUAAGCUGUCAGAGCAUGACAAAUGUGGUGUUGUCCACCUGGCCCGAGCCGAAGACAGACUGUGCUUAAACAACAGUCAUAGCGAUAACUUUGUGACUCCAUGCAUUGAUGGUCUAAAAAGCCGUCUUGUCACAGCCAUUUGCCUCGCUCUCAGCCACAUCCACCCUGCUGGUCAGACCAUCGCUGGUUUCAGGGUCAACAGAUGGGCUGCCGUCCUCCACGACUACAACAUGAUCAGGGACAUCGUCCAGGACAGCGCUGCCAUCUCGACCCGGACACAGAUACAGCUGCUUGAGAUAAACCAGCGGACACUGUGCCAGUGGUACAAUGCCAGGAAACAGAGGCAAGAACAGUUGGUUUUACACCAGUGCACUGACAACAUGAAGGCAUCUGAGCCUCUAUUUCCUGUACAACACAAUGUUCCAGAGCCCUUUCGACACGGACAUGUAGGCGAUGUAAUUAAAGUAGUGAUCGGGGGUCCCGAGCUCUUUCAAACAGACCCAGAACAAAGAGCUGCUGCCACCGGGCCCCCUAGUCCAAAGGUGCCUAGGACCACUGCUUGGCGACGGAGGAAGGCAGAGGAAGAGGCAGCCCAGCGGGGGUUACCCUUGAAGAGGCCUUGCGAACAGUAUGUUUGUAAAAAGUGUGGCAAACCAAAGACAAAAGAAUUCGGUCAUAGCCAGUUCCUGGCGUUCACUUUUGUGCCAAAGCCUCUGGAAAGACUGUAGAGCAGUGGAUGGAGGAGAUGAGGAGGGCAAAGUGAGCUGAUAUGGACAUUUUCUAGCAAAAAAAAAAAAUAUAUAUAUAUAUAAAUUUUUCUUUUUGUUUUUAUUUGUAGUUUCCAUUGUUUUUAUAUACUUUGUAAAUACUUUGAUAGUACUCUUUAGGUAAUUAUUUAUAGUUUUUCACUUAAUUUGUCUUUUGUGAAAUGGCAAUAAAGGCCUUUUUAUUCUCAUCACAGUGGACAUUCAUUUUUUUAAAUGAACAGUUUUAACAUUAUUGAAGUUGGUUUUAAUUUCAUAAUUUGCUAUAAUUGUGUGUACAAUCAUGAAAAUAGCUUUUAACACUAACAUUCACAGAAAUUUUACACAUACUUGUCUUAAAUAAUGUUUUGUGAACUGCAUUAGGUGUUAACAUGAGAUUGCACUGGGAACACAGGACUCUCUCAUGUGUUAUAUAUAUAUAUAUAUGAUAUCUCUACCUAGAGAGCAUAGAACCUGGGAACACAGGAAUGACUUCACAGCCAAAGUCAAACAACUUCACCUGCAAGGUUGCUGUAUUAAUGCGCCAUGUAUAUCACUGGUAAACACCAUGAUCAAUAUAGCACUCUGCAGCCUUCAUGGCCUGGAGAAUUAUUACAUGUGCAUGAUUUUGUUACAGGGGACCUCGGUUUUGCCUAAACUAUCAAGUAGUCGUUUCUUUGUCCUCUACAUUAUUGUUUAUAAAACAGAAAGGUUCUGUUUGGUGCUUUAAAACUAAAUGUACAAUCAUUGCAAUUUUCAAACUUACCAUAUAAUUGUAUUUGGUACAUUAUUAUUGUGUUAUACUCUGCGACAAAACAAUUUUGUGAAAAAUUACCUCUCUAAUCUUUUCAUAGAAGGAGCUGGAUCCAUCAUGUCAGAGGUUGUUUAACAUCUUGCUGUUUCUUGAUUUAAAAUUACUAAAUGUAAUGUUGUUCAAAAGACCUUUAAGCCUCGUUAUAGUUCUAAACGUUUCACAAGACUUUACAGCUUUGUUUCUUUGGCCUCCCUCAGCCAAGAAGCUGGGGGAUCCUAGAUUCGUCACCAUGUUUCACAUAAUACACACAACAUUUAAUCUAAGGGGAUAGUAGUUUUAUAAGUUUCUCUUAAUUUAAAAAGUAACUGUGACUUUCUCAUUUCUUCAUUCCCUCACAUUCUCAUUUACAGUAAGAAACCUUACACAAUAUGUACCUUUAUGUAUAGCUUAUUGCGUCACCGUUCCACUAUCGGCCGUUCCCCGUCACAUGCUCGUUUACAGUAAGAAAACGUAUUUGUAUUGUUCUGUAACUGUUCGGUACUGCUGCAAAAAGACAAAAGGCAAAUAAAACUCUGAGAAACAUGUUUAACUGUGUUUUUCUGAUAUUAAGUGGAAAACGACCUGGUCAAAUCCUUACAAAUUUUGUAUUUUGAAGUUAAAGAGGUGCAUUUCAAAAUACUUCACAAAAUUUACCCAUGUAAAGCAGCUCUGUCUAAAUUCAUGGACAUUGACAACACUUGCAGUUUCUGUAACACGCAUGAGGAAGACUUGUCAUUUGUUUUAUAAUUGUGAUUUGUCGCUUAGAUUUUGGUCUGAUGUGUGCCUUUCUGUUUCUGCAAAAGAAUGUUAAUUAUAUGCCAUCUUUAAAAGACGUUAUUUGUACUCAUUCACACAAAAGUAAAAUGAUUCAGUAUGUCGUUAACUUUUACAUUUUGCAAGGUAAAUAUUAUAUUCAUGAACAGAAAUUUGCGAAAUGCACACCAAAAUGUAAUUUGAAGAAGUCUCCAACGCAAAUUAAUAACAAAAAGAAUGACAUUGUUGGAUUACAUGGAGAAAUUUUUUCUGGUAUAGCUCCCCCCCUGCAAUCUUUGAAUAGGAAGAAAUCUAUUCAAUGAAUCUCUGAAAAAGGAAGAAAAUUUGAACUAUAGUUGUUUCUAUGUUUUUUAAAUUUAUUUUAUUCCUUUUUUUUUUUUAAAUGUUUUAUUUUGUUUUUCCUAUGUGGUUAUUUGUUUAUUUUAUUUAUUUUUCUCCUCUGAAACACUGUUCUACAGUUUAAGAUUGCGGUUAUAUUUUUGUAAUGUUCAAUCAUUCUUCAAUAAAAAGA